UGUUUGUGUCAAGGUCAAGUCAAGUGUCAAAUUUGUGUAUUUUUAUUUUUUAUAUUUGCGUUUUGAUUUUAUUCAAGGAAAUUAAAAAGAUUAAUUAAGAAAAACCCAUGGGCUCAUACGUAAUGAGUACCCAGGAUCAGGAUAGUAGUCAAAAUAACAUAUCUGAUGAUGAUGUGUUUAAAAUAUUAGUAGCAACGGAUAUACAUUUGGGUUACGCAGAAGAAAACCCGGUAAGAGGACAUGAUACAUUCGAUACUUUCGAAGAAAUACUUCAGCAUGCCGUUAAAAAUGAAGUAGAUUUUAUUCUGUUAGGUGGUGAUUUGUUUCACCACGCACAACCUAGUCCAUAUUGCAUCCAAAAAUGCUUGGAGCUCAUGAAAAAAUAUUGCUUGGGAGAUAGGCCUGUAUCCAUAGAAUUUUUAUCGAAUCCUUCGCAAAAUUUUACCCAACAUGCAAAUGAGACCGUUAAUUAUGAAGAUCCAAAUUUGAAUGUUUCUCUUCCUGUAUUUUCUAUACAUGGCAAUCAUGAUGAUCCUACAGGCAAGAAACAUAUAUCAGCUCUAGAUAUAAUAUCAACUUCUGGACUUGUUAAUUACUUUGGCAGAUGGGAAAACUUAGAUAAAGUAGACAUAACUCCUAUUCUACUCCAGAAAGGAAAAUCUAAAUUAGCUCUGUAUGGACUUUCCCAUAUUAGAGAUGAAAGAUUAGGAAGAUUGUUUAUAGACCAAAAAGUAGAAAUGUUGUCCCCAAAGGACAAAGACGAUUGGUUUCAUUUGCUGGUUUGGCAUCAGAACCGAGCCACAAGAGGAUCAAAGAAUUUUAUACCUGAUGAUUGUCUUCCAGAUUUUUUAAAUCUAGUAAUUUGGGGACAUGAACACGAUUGUAGAAUAGAGCCAGAGAGGAAACUUAAUGAUGUUUUUAUAUCUCAACCAGGCAGUUCAGUUGCUACUUCUUUAAUUGAAGGCGAAUCAGUUACUAAAAAAGUAGGAAUAUUGAAAAUUCAUGAAACUAACUUUAAAAUGGAACCAGUGGAACUACAAACGGUUAGGCCUUUUAAAUAUGCAGAAAUGAAUCUAAGUAAUGAAGAGCUAUUGGUUAUUGACAAAAAAUCAUUGAGUGAACAAGCUAUGCAAGUUGUAGGUGCCAAAGUAGACGAAAUGAUACAAGAAGCUAAGAACUUAAAGCAUACUAAAAAAGUUAGCGAAAAGCCGUUGAUCAGAUUAAUUGUCAAAUACAAAGAUGAGGAUGUUGUCUUCAAUUCUAUCAGAUUUGGACAGAUGUAUGCAGAUAGAGUAGCAAAUUCAGAUAAUAUGAUCAAAUUCCAGUUAAUUAAAGAAUGUUCUACACGAAGGAGACUCAAUCAAAAUCAAGGAGCCGAUGAGAUUUUGGAAGGGCCAGUAUUAGUCGAUCGAGUUGAAGAUAUGGUUUCGGACUAUUUUACGGAACAUAAAGUUCUAGGUUUAUUUCCGUUAAAUAUAUUAAAUGAAGGUGUAAAGAGAUUUAUAGACUCGAAUGAUACUAACGCAAUAGCCGACUUAAAAGACAAUGUUAUUAAAGAGAUGAUGACAAAACUCGAACUGGAUCUUCCUGAAGUUGAAGACACUCUGGCUGCCAUCGCAGCGAUAAGGGAUAGUAUGGAAGCAGACUCUCUUGCUUUUGUAAAUAGAGUUUUGGGUGACCCAAAAAGAAAGAAGAAGAAGAAGGCUAGUGAGGAUAAUGAUGAUGAGGAUGAUGGCUCUAUCGAAGAUGAUAACAGUGAUAACGAAGUCGCCACAAAUAAAAAACAGACUACAAAAGCAAGAGGUGGUCCGAGAGGGCGACGAGGUAGAGGAGCAGGGCCGUCUCGAGAUAAUGACACCCAGAUAACUGAAGACGACAGUAAUAAUGACAAUUUCAGUAACAGUGAUAACGAAGUCGCCACAAAUAAAAAACAGCCCACAAAAAAACAGCCUACGAAAGCAAGAGGUGGUGCUCCGAGAGGACGAAGAGGUAGAGGAGCAGGAUCGUCUGGAGAUAAUGACGCCCAGGUAACUGGAGACAACAGUAAUAGUAAUAAAUAUGGUUUAUUUGGAGGCGGCGGGAGAGGACGCAAAGGCAAAAGGUAAAGGAGCUACUUUUAGGGGGGCACGGAGAGGAGCUAAUAAAAAUUAAUACAUUAAUAAUUAUUUAUAAGACCCUUUGUUACUGUUACGUUUCUGUUAGAGUCACUUUUUGUACAGUUACAUUUCUGUUAUUGUUUAAGAGCUACUUCUGAGCUAAGAAAAACUAAUAUGUUCAUGGUUUUUAAGACCUUUGGUUACUGUUACGUUUUUGUUAGAUUCACGUUUUUUAGAAUUACGUUUAAUAUUUUGUUUUUGAGAAGAUUUUGUUUUACUGUUUAAGAUUUUGUUAUAACAGUCAGUAAAUCUUUUAAUACAAAAGUAUUCUCUAGUUUAAUAAACCUUAUAUUUAAGUAAAA